AUGUGUGCUACUACCUUUCGGCCUUGUGGCUGCACCAGGGACAAGCGUGGAUGCUGGAUUGAUUGGCUACGCACGGUGCCUAGUGCAGAGAAGCUCUACCAACAGCGCGUACAGUGGAGACAGCGAGCAGCUCAACACUACCUUCAACAGAUGGAUCGUUUCCUAGAGCUACCCUGCCUUGCUGUUCAUCUUACAGACGGCCAGCCACGUCGAGACCAAAGUUACUUUCGGUACGCUGGCGUUACAGCGUUACGGCGUGCUGCAAGACCGCAAUUGUCAUCGACGGCCAAGUCGCGUUUACCACUCGCUACCACAAGGCAUGGUGGCAGUAGCACAUACCCAAGGUAA